AUGGCAGAAAUAAAACAUAGCCCCUCAGCUCUAGGGGUGAACUCAAGGAAGGUAAUCGACCAGCUGAAGAAAGAAGUCUUCAGAAAUAAAAUGAAGUUAUAUAAAAAUGUAGAUCCGCCCACUACUCUGGACUUGGUAAAGAGUAAUUUUGGUAAUAGCCCUGGAACGAGACCUAGCUUGAUGGAGAAAUCACCUAUGAAAGAGUACUUUAACACUCAAACUGCUGAGCAAAAUACACAUGGCUUACACAAAGAGUCUAACAAGAUCUUGAAUUAACUCAAAGCUUCAGAACAUAAUCUCUAAAUUUAAAAGAACUAAUAGUUGUGAGAGAACUCCUGAUAUGAACAAUAGCUUAAGCAAGUAUUUUAAUGACAGCACAAGGAGAUUACUUAAAGAUGCAACAAAGAUAUACCCACAAGCAAAAAGUAGAAACUCAUUAUCAACAGUGACUCAUUCAAAAAUUAAUCUUCCAAAAGUGUCAGAUCUUAGUUCUGAAGGAAGCCCUUCUAAGUCUCCAAAUCUCACUUUUGGGAAAAAGCCAAAUAAAAUUGAGGAUAAUUCAGAUGAUAUCUACAAAAUCUAUACUUCAAAAGCUUAUCGGCCAAAGAAGAAGAUUGUUCAUUACUCAGGUUCAGAUAAUGAAAAGCUCCCAUCAAGCUAUUUAUAAAGAGCAAGAAGAAAGUAAAGAUGGCUAAGAACAGAGACAAUUUAUCAAAGAAGACACUGGAUACUUUAGCAAAAAUAAAGAAAAUAAAACCUAAUGAUUCUCACAGAUUAACAACACUUUCCCCAUAUAAGUACAGUAAUAGCUUAAACAAUACGCUUGGGUUGAACCAGAAUUUGGGGCUAAAGUCCAGAGAAAGUUCUGUGUUGAUAAAACCUUCACAAGAUACAACUGUUUCCUCUCAGGAAUCGACUAAAAUCAUGCAGGAUGAGGAAUCUAAAGCUCAAGAAUAUGGCCUUGCUCAGGUCAAUAAUCUAUCAAAAGAAAUAUAUUCAUUGAGAAGGAAGCAAAACGAGCUUAUAAGUGAGAGAAAAGCCGACAAAACAUCAAGCAGUUAUAGAAAUUAUAUGAAUUCUAUCCUAAGAAGUGAUAAUAGAGAUUUGUCUAAACGUGAUACUCCUAGUUUGAAAUUACUCAGAAGAGAUAAGCCUAGAGUCAGUAUGCAUGAGAGUUUUGAUAUUCGGCAGCAUACUAAUCAUACUAAAAAUAUAGUAAUCAGAAGUGCAUCCAAAAAGCUAGACACUUUUAACAAUUUCAAUAACCCUAAAAGUGUGGCAAAGAAGCUCAAGAGAGAGGUACAAUAUACUUCUCAUCUGCCAAAGAUCAAUAACUUGAAGAAUAAAAUUAUUCAGUCUUACGCAGAGAUACUGCCUUCAGUGUUUAAAAAUAGCUCGAGCCAAUAUCAAAGCCAGAUUAACGAAAGUACAACUAACACUAAAUUAACUCAGAUUAAGAACACAGUGAUUGUGAAUUAUGGAGGAUUCUCUGAGGGAGGCUUUGACCCAAGAGUCAUUAAAAAGGAGAAUCAGGAUUCUUUUUAGAACUCUAGUCAAUUUUAACAAGUCUCACACCACCAAUUCUCAUUUAUUCUGUCUCUGUGAUGGCCAUGGCCUCAAAGGAAAGACUAUAAGUGAGUACUUAGUAAAUAAUAUGGCUAAAUAUUUGAAAAUUUAUCUCAGCAAAGAAGGAUCGAACCCUUCAUAUUCCCUUCUCUCUGCAUACAGAUAUCUAGAUUGCAAACUUGAAAUGGAAGGACUUGAAGCCAUUAACAGUGGGUCUACUUGAUGAACUGCCCUUAUUAUUGGAAAGAAAGUAUAUUUUGCUAAUACUGGAGACUCAAGAGCACUUUUUGUGACAUUUGACUCACUUGAGGACACAAUACAAUCCUCUUUCAUUCAAACUACUAAUGACCAUAACUGAGAAAUAGAAGAAGAAGCGUUAAGAAUAAAAUAAAAAGGGAGGAAGAAUAUUUAAAAUUCAAAACAAUAUCGGUCCCUUACGAGUUUGGCUACCAGAUCAAGAUAAACCUGGACUGGCAAUGAGUAGAUCUAUUGGAGAUCAUUCUGCAAGAAAAAUUGGAGUAAUUGCAACCCCUGAUAUCUAUAAGUUUGAUAUCAUUAGAAAAUCUGCCAUUAUCAUUGGAAGCGAUGGACUUUACGAGUAUCUCACAAAUGAAGAAAUCUCCCAAAUAGUCUGGGACAACUGGGGGAAAGACGGAGAUGUAGUUUCAGAAAUUAUUGUAGGAAAAGCUAUCGAAAAUUGGGAAGAAAAUAGCGAUUACAGAGAUGACAUAACCUGAGUGGUUACAUACCUCAAACCAAACGGGGAGCACUAAGCAAAUUUCAACAAAUAAA